AGAACCACGGUGGUCUCGCGGGGGUCUUCGUGUCCAUGUUUGGGCCGUACACUGCAUCCAUGCGUGCGGCGACCAAAUAUGGAGGCAGCAGCGGCAGAAUUCCAGAGGAAUCCUCGGACAUUCCGGGCGUUCGUCGGCGGGGAAGACAAACCUCCGAGGCCGCCUAUAAGACAGCCGAGCCGGGGGGCCGACUGUCAUUCCUUCGGCGACCACCGAGAUUUCAAUUGACUCACGCCGGGACACAACCCGAGGAAUUGUAAUAUACUGCUGAGUUUCCUGCAAAAUCGGACGCCAUGUGUGAUGACGAUGAGACCACCGCCCUCGUGUGCGACAAUGGCUCCGGCCUCGUCAAGGCAGGCUUUGCCGGAGACGACGCCCCCCGCGCUGUGUUCCCCUCCAUCGUGGGGCGCCCCCGUCACCAGGGUGUGAUGGUGGGCAUGGGCCAGAAGGACUCCUACGUAGGCGACGAGGCCCAGAGCAAGAGAGGAAUUCUGACCCUGAAGUACCCCAUCGAGCACGGCAUCAUCACCAAUUGGGACGACAUGGAGAAGAUCUGGCACCACACCUUCUAUAACGAGCUGCGCGUGGCCCCCGAGGAGCACCCCACUUUGCUGACCGAGGCGCCGCUCAACCCCAAAGCCAACCGCGAGAAGAUGACCCAGAUCAUGUUUGAGACCUUCAACGUGCCUGCUAUGUACGUUGCCAUCCAGGCCGUGCUGUCCCUCUACGCCUCGGGCCGUACCACCGGCAUCGUUCUGGACUCUGGUGAUGGCGUAACCCACAACGUGCCCAUCUAUGAAGGCUACGCUCUGCCCCACGCGAUCAUGCGUCUGGACCUGGCCGGUCGCGACCUGACUGAUUACCUCAUGAAGAUCCUGACUGAGCGUGGCUACUCCUUCGUCACCACAGCUGAGAGAGAGAUCGUGCGCGACAUCAAGGAGAAGCUUUGCUACGUGGCUCUGGAUUUCGAGAACGAGAUGGCCACCGCCGCCUCCUCCUCCUCGCUGGAGAAGAGCUACGAGCUGCCUGACGGUCAGGUCAUCACCAUUGGCAACGAGCGCUUCCGCUGCCCCGAGACUCUCUUCCAGCCCUCCUUCAUCGGCAUGGAGUCUGCUGGCAUCCACGAAACGGCCUACAACAGCAUCAUGAAGUGCGACAUCGACAUCCGUAAGGACCUGUACGCCAAUAAUGUGCUGUCUGGAGGCACGACCAUGUACCCGGGUAUCGCCGACCGCAUGCAGAAGGAGAUCACGGCACUGGCUCCCAGCACCAUGAAGAUCAAGAUCAUCGCCCCCCCAGAGAGGAAGUACUCCGUCUGGAUCGGCGGCUCCAUCCUGGCCUCGCUAUCCACCUUUCAGCAGAUGUGGAUCAGCAAACAGGAGUAUGAUGAGGCCGGACCCUCCAUCGUCCAUCGCAAGUGCUUCUAAGUGCCUCCUCAGUCCACAUGUACAUAUGUUAUUUAUUCCUUUUUAUGAGCAUGAUGGUGUGAAUGCGAAACAGAAGAACGUGUCUUCUGAGUGUGCAAGCAACUGCCCGGAACAUUAAAAAAACAUGCAAAAAGACCAAAAACAAGAACAUAUC